CGUGCCAAUGUAUUAAAAAGAAAACACGAAGAAAAACGGAGGUUUUUGGUUUUCUCGAGAAACCAAAAAGUUUCGAUUUUUUCUCUAUUUCUUCCUGACGAUUCUGAAAAAAAAAAUAAUCUCUGCCUCAUCUCUCAAUCAGAAUCACAGCAAUGACCUUCCUCUGAUCAUCACUCUAUCUCACAUUGUCGAAAGGAUUAGUCUUUACCAUCCUCCUCCUCGCACCCGAUCUCGAAUUUUUGGGCGUUUUGACCGAAUCGAAAGCGACGAGAGAGGAUGGCAAAAGUUUGGUUCUUUGUGGAGAAGGUGAGAAGAUGCAUGCGGACACUCUUCUUCAUAGUCGCAAUGCUCGCUUCGCUCCUAGUUUCUUCGCUGCCGUUGCUUGUAGCUAUAUGCGAUGUCCUGGUCCCCAGCUUCUUGCUCUCGAGCUUCACUUGCGUGACUUGCUACGGCGCCAAGGAGCAUCUGAUUCGUUACGGUUUCAAGAGAUCCUUGACUGACAUUCCUCUCGUCUCCGUCGCCAGAUCUUUCCUUUUCAUCUGUAUCUAUUCACUCUCGGAUGUUCCUGCCUUGUCUCACGGUCCUUACCUCGGAACUGUAUCUCUGUGCUCUGUAAUUUCGGUUCUGCUUCUUUCGGUUAAAGCUUGCCUUUUCACUGUGACUACUUCUCAGCUCAACACCGAAGCUGCUUCCUUCUCUCCGUCUAGGCACCACCACCGGCUUCACCUGAAGAAGUCGUGGGGGAUGCCGGUUCUAUUCCUCUCGUCUGUGGUGUUUGCGCUUGGUCAUACGGUUGUAGCUUACGUCACUAGCUGUAGAGCUAGGAGGAAGAUUUUGUAUCACAGAGUUGACCCUGAAGCUGUUCUUUCAUGUAAGAGCAUCUUCUCUGGCCACCAGAAAGUCCCACGGUCCCCGGUUCCUUUGGUUGGAAAGGCCUCCAAGUUCGAUGGAGAAGCAAGGCGAAAGCCUUUGUCCCACGAUGAAGGAGAGCUUCCAGUGAGUUUGCUUGCUGACACUGACAGUUUAUUCAUCAAAAUCCGAGGGCUCACUGUGCAUUACAAGCUUAGUGCACCUGGUUCACCACCAGGGCAGUGUAUCUCCCCUCCAAAUGUUCUUGAUGCGAACUCUAGUUACACCGCGCCGGAGACAAUGGCUGGAAGGUCCAAGUUUUUUGACAGGAAACUGUUGAGCAUGGCCGAGAAAAGCCAGCAGCGUCAUCAUCAUCAUCAUUACCACAGGAGCUACAGCAGCGUGUUUAACAAUUCUUCCUUGCACGACCCUCUUCUCGAUGGUUCUCCUCCUCCUACUUCUCCUCUUCUGUUCAAAGAAAUAACACGUCAAGAGGAAGAGAAGAUGAAUGUGUUCAGUUUUGAGGCCGAGGAGAAAGGCAUGGAAGAAAGUGGUGGUAGAUUUGGUGUGGUUUUGGUUCAUGGAUUUGGGGGAGGAGUGUUUUCCUGGAGGCAUGUGAUGUCUCCACUGGCUCAUGAGCUUGGCUGUGCUGUCACUGCAUUUGAUAGGCCUGGUUGGGGAUUAACAGCCAGGCCACAUAUAAAUGAUUUGGAACAAAGACAGCUUCUCAAUCCUUACACGCUUGAAAACCAGGUAGAGAUGCUUCUUGCUUUCUGUCGUGAGAUGGGAUUCUCUUCGGUAGCAUUUGUUGGUCAUGAUGAUGGAGGUCUGCUUGCUCUGAAAGCUGCACAGAGAUUGUUGACAGCAAACGAUCCCAUCAAAGUUGUGGUCAGAGGAGUGGUUUUGCUAAAUGUAAGCUUGUCAAGGGAAGUCGUUCCAGCUUUUGCAAGAAUACUUCUGCACACAUCACUACGGAAGAAGCACCUCGUUCGCCCUCUUUUACGCACUGAGAUAGCUCAAGUAGUGAACCGUCGCGCUUGGUAUGAUCCUGCAAAGAUGACAACAGACGUCCUCAGACUAUACAAGGCCCCGCUACACGUAGAAGGCUGGGACGAGGCACUUCAUGAGAUAGGCAGACUCUCAUCUGAAACGGUGCUUGCACCUCAAAAUGCAGCUUCGCUUCUUAAGGAUGUGGAAAACCUGCCGGUAUUAGUCAUUGCUGGAGCUGAAGACGCGCUUGUCCCAUUGAAGUCAUCCCAAGCAAUGGCGUCUAAACUCCUAAACUCUAGACUAGUAGCAAUCUCAGGAUGUGGGCAUCUACCACACGAGGAGUGUCCCAAGGCGCUUCUUGCAGCUAUGUCUCCUUUCAUCACUAGACUUGUACUCAGGCCAGAUCUCCAGAGUCAAUAGCCAAAAUCACUUUCCUUUUUGGUCGUCCUCUUAGCUUUACAAUCAGACCCAAAACUUUGAGGUCCUGUUAGGGUGAAUUCAUCAUAGGAUUUGUUGUAACCUUUCGUCUCUUUGAGCGUGUUUCUUUUAUUAUUAUUCACUUAAACAUGAGUGUGGCACAAGUCUCUGUAAAUUAUUCGGUUUGGAAUAUAAUGUAAAAUGCUUUCGUUUGCAUUCA